GUCGUUGUUUUCUCUGGGGAUGGUUAGUGAUGGUGAUGGGUCGAGAGGGCGGCUACUUGGUGCCGGCUGAUCCGAAGAAGAAAGUUGCCGGGUCGCGGAGCUGGCUGCUGAUGGACGCUUCCGGCCAGGAGAUUCUUCUCGAUGUCGACAAGUACGCUAUCAUGCACCGAGUCCAAAUCCACGCGCGCGAUCUCCGGAUUCUCGAUCCCCUUCUUUCCUAUCCCUCCACUAUACUCGGCCGUGAACGCGCCAUUGUUCUCAAUUUAGAGCAUAUCAAGGCUAUUAUUACAUCUGAAGAGGUGCUUCUUCGUGAUCCAUCAGACGAAAACGUUACUCCUGUAGUUGAGGAACUCAGAAGAUGCCUGAAGCCCGUAAUUGCAAAUCAUGAAGAUCAAGGGGAAGGCAAAGAUUCCAAUGCUCAGCAUGAUGUUGAAACAGCUGAAGAAGAUGAAUCUCCAUUUGAGUUCAGGGCCUUGGAGAUUGCUUUAGAAGCCAUCUGCAGUUUUCUUGCUGCCAGGACAAUGGAUCUUGAGACUGAUGUCUACCCAGCUUUGGAUAUGCUUACCUCCAAGAUUAGCAGCAAAAAUUUGGACAGAGUUCGGAAGCUAAAGAGUCAAAUGACAAGGUUGACUGCUCGUGUGCAAAAGGUGAGAGAUGAACUUGAACAACUCCUGGACGAUGAUGAUGAUAUGGCAGAUCUUUAUUUGUCUAGAAAACUUGCUGGUGCUUCUUCACCUGUAAGUGUAUCUGCCAGUUGGCUUCUGGCUUCACCGACAAUUGGCUCAAAGAUAUCAAGAGCUAGUAGGGCAAGUAUUGCAACUGUCCGAGGGGAUGAAAAUGACAUUGAAGAUCUUGAGAUGCUACUAGAAGCUUACUUCAUGCAAAUUGAUGGAACAUUGAAUAAGCUAAACACACUACGUGAAUAUAUUGAUAAUACAGAAGAUUACAUUAACAUUCAGCUUGACAAUCACCGAAAUCAGCUCAUUCAGCUAGAACUCUUCCUCAGUUCAGGAACGGUUGUUAUGUCUAUAUAUUCUUUGGUGGCUGGAAUAUUUGGAAUGAACAUCCCAUUUUCUUGGAAUGAAAGUCAUGGAUACAUGUUUAAAUGGGUGGUCAUUGUCACAGGGACUUUUUGUGUAUUUCUUUUUAUACUAAUUGUAUAUUAUGCUCGCCAUAAGGGACUUGUUGGAUCAUAAAUCUCUUCCAAAGGGACAUUUGAUCAUAUAUGACACGAUUGCUACAUGGAUAGGGAAACAAAAAAUUGUAGCAUACUAUACAAUACUCUCAUUAUUCUUUUCAAAGUGAUGGAAGUUUUGGAUCAACUUACACCUGUGUAGUUUGACUGUUGAUUGAACGAAUAUAUACAAUUAGUUGGAAGGUUCGUGGUUGAGAAAAAUGAAUCUUGUAUUUUCAUUUAUUCGAUCUGAUGACCUCAUAAAAUCACAUUUCCAUGUGGAUGAUUUUACUACAUCCCAAGUACCUAUUGGAUGAUAAUAUGUUUGACGCGGAUCAUUCAUAUUUCAUAUUCUUGUCUUUUAGAUAAAAAGGUCUCUCGAAAAUAUUGC